AUGCGACAGCUACAGCAGCCCCUGAAGACGCGCCUCAUCAUAGCUGCAGCAGCAUGGCGUCCACGUCUUCUCUUCUCUUUGCCUGUCCGAGGUAGCAUCCGAUGGCAGUCCUCCACCACGACCACGACGGCUCUUGAAAAUAAUCCAGAGGCGGAGGCAGCAGUAGCAACAGCAACAGUAGGCCAUGAGCCGGCUCAAGCGUCCUCCUCCUUCUUUGCCGCGCUCUUCCCCGACGAAGCCAAGCAUCGCGUCCGACGAGAACAAACCUGGGCUCAGUCCCGCGAGCCAGGCGGCUCAUCUAUUUCCAACCAUGACUUGGACAGCAGCUACCCGCCGCCGCAGACGCAAUCUUCCUCGCCCCUACAGCAGUCCGAGAGGCCGCUCAUUACGUACUAUGAGAACUCUUCGCACCACCCACGAGCCGCCAGCGAAUUGCGGUGCACUGUAGUCCUCGCCGCGGCCUCCAAGAACCUAGCCGCGUCCGACUUCUUCCGCGUCGGGGCAGGGCGCGCCGCCCACGUUGAAGGUUGGGUCGGCGGCAUCACCAAGGUCGUGCAGGCGCGCGACCCCGACACCCUCGAGCCGCUGGGCCGCUACUACGUGACCUUUGGCACCGCGGCGGCCGCCGCCGCCUGGCGCGAGGAGGUCAAGCGUCUCUGGGAGCUCAGCCGGGCGUACACCCCCGGCGUCAUGCGCAGCCGCGCGUACCCGGCCACAGGCAACUUUGGCGGCGCAGGCAUCCCAGUGCGCGUCCGUGGGAUCGAUGGCACGCCCGCGCAGCUCGAGUCCACCCGCCGUGAGGUUCAGACGUUCACGCUCGUCCCGCCCGAUCUGCGCUGGAGUCUGGACGUGGCACACUAUACACCCGAGGAGCGGGCCAUGGAAAUCGCCGGCAGCUUGGUCGAGAAGCUCUGCCGCAAGGCCGGGACCCGGUUCUUGGUCAUGGUGGCCGUGAAUGGCGGAAGGAUCAGCCCCGAGACCCUCCGCGCCUCCAUCCGCGACGACAAUGAGGAGCGAGGUCUGCCCUGGCGUGUCAAAAAUCUCGACACCCUCGUUGGCGGCGGCAAAGAUGGAGAAUGGGGCAUCAUGCCAUUUGGUAAGAGCGAUGCCAAAGCGCUCCCUGGCGUCACCCAGGAGGAAAGUCUCCAACAGCAGGCCGCCAGUGCCACGUCGGGCGCUGACCGUACCGAUAAGGUCAGGAGCGAGACUAGGAGAUAUCCGCGCUUUCUCGUCCCGUUCGCUGACGAGGCUGAGGCGAGACGUUUUGUGAGGCACUGGCAUCGACGCCAGCUCACUUUAAGAAUGGGGCACGAGGAUGCAAAUGACCAGACGCUGACGGAGUGGGAGGAGGCCAGGGUCCUUGACGUUACAUACUUGUGGUAA